GUAUAACUCCCACUAUCAGUAAUCGUACGCUCGCCUUGGAGACAUGCCGAUUUAGUAUCUAUGAUGCUGUUUUAGCGCCUUCUGGAAAAAAAGUUUCUAUAUCUACAACAAUUAGCUACUUAUUGCAGACCGGUUCUUCUUUCAAAUAGCACACCAUGUUCAAGAACACGUUCCAAAGUGGAUUCUUGUCUAUACUCUACAGCAUUGGCAGUAAACCCUUGCAGAUUUGGGAUAAGAAAGUUCGGAACGGACACAUCAAGAGAAUUACUGAUAAUGACAUACAAUCACUCGUUUUGGAAAUUGUAGGAACUAACGUUAGCACGACAUACGUCACGUGCCCGGCUUGCCCGAAAAAGACGCUUGGCAUAAAGUUGCCUUUCCUCGUUAUGAUAAUAAAGAAUUUGAAGAAGUACUUUACGUUCGAGGUUCAGGUGCUAGACGACAAGAGUGUAAGAAGGAGGUUUAGGGCGAGCAACUAUCAAAGUACAACUCGCGUCAAACCGUUCAUUUGUACAAUGCCCAUGAGACUGGACGAUGGCUGGAACCAGAUUCAAUUUAAUUUAUCCGAUUUUACUCGUCGAGCGUACGGAACCAACUACAUAGAAACGUUAAGAGUGCAGAUACACGCUAACUGCCGCAUUCGUCGAGUCUACUUCUCUGACCGCCUUUACUCGGAGGAUGAAUUACCAGCCGAAUUUAAACUGUACUUACCCGUACAACAGCAACAAAGAAAGUAA